AUGGUGUUAUUCCGAGGGAUAAAUAGUACUCUUGCGGACCCUAACACCGGGUUCUUGGGGGCACGCAGAAGACGGAUCUUCAUCCCCCCUCUGACACAGCAUCCAUUGUUCAUCUAUGGAGACGGAGAAGAUCAACGGUCGUUUCUCUCCAACAUCGAGACUCUGUCGGUGUUACAAGAUGACAGUGAGGAGCUGGAUGCCGCCAGCGUGUCGUCGUCUAUGAGUUACCCGCUGGGGAGAUCUUCAGUGCACACCCAAGAAGACUGGGAGUCGUUCAACAGUUGGUUAGUUGAAGAGCAUCAACGAAGAAGAGAUGGGGAUGGGAUAGACGCUGGAGCAACGGCAACUACCGGAGCAGACUCUGAUGAUGAUUUAAAGCCCUUGAUACAAAGACGUGGUAGUGUUCCGCGGAGUAACUACAGUUAUUCCGAAGAUGUUGAUGAUUUCGUCAACUUGAAAACCAGUUUCAAAAUUGAGUUUGGCCGAUUACUAAAGCAUUCGGUGCCGUUGAUCAUGACCUUUAUAUUGGAGCAUGUUUUCCUGGUGGUUUGUCUCUUGGUAGUGGGUCAUUUGGGUAAGAAUGAAUUGGCUGCAGUCAGCUUAGCGUCCAUGACAACCACCAUUUCGUUUGCGGUGUUUGAAGGGAUGGCUACUGCCUUGGAUACGCUCUGUCCCCAGGCGUAUGGUGCCGGGAACUACGAGUUGGUGAGUUUGCAUGUUCAAAGGGUGACCUUGGUGUCGCUAAUACUCUACAUUCCCUUUGCAAUUCUAUGGUGGUUUUCACAGCCACUAUUGAGUCUUAUCAUUGAGGAAUUGGAAGUGGUGGAGUUGACUACUUUGUUCCUUAGAAUCAUGAUUCUAGGUGGUCCGGCUUACAUAAUGUUCGAGACGGGGAAACGGUUCCUACAAGCUCAAGGCAUCUUUGAAGCAGGUACCAUAGUUCUUUUCAUUAGUGCCCCUAUUAAUGUCUUGCUUUCAUAUGUAUUGGUAUGGAAUCACACGAUCGGCCUAGGUUAUAUUGGAGCACCCAUAGCAACUGUGAUUAACUUCUGGUUAAUGGAUCUUUUGUUCCUUUUAUAUGUGGCUUUCAUCGAUGGGAAACAAUGUUGGUUCGGAAUAGCCUCUACUACCGAAUUGUUUCUGAAUUGGAAGAUCUUGGGGGAAUUGGCUGUCCCAGGGAUUGUCAUGUUAGAAAGUGAAUAUUUGGCUUAUGAAAUUAUGACGUUGAUUGCCAGUUAUUACGGAACAAUUGAAUUGGCUGCUCAAUCUGCAGUAUCUUCAAUCGCUCUGAUUGCUUAUACUAUCCCCUUUGCUGUGGGGAUUGCAUCAUCUACAAGAAUAGCCAAUUUCAUUGGAGGAAACAACGUGGAAGGAGCUAAAACUGCAACUAAAAUCGGAUUAAUUUGUUCAAUUUUAAUCGGAUUAAUUAAUCUCUGCAUAUUAUAUUAUGCAAGUGAAUAUAUUGCCGGAUUAUUUACUCAAGAUCAUGAUGUCUUCACCCUUAUAGUUAAAUUGUUUAGACCAUUGGUUGCAUGUGUUGAGUUCCUUGACUCGAUAGCUUCAGUUUCAAGUGGAAUAAUGAGAGCUCAAGGCUCUCAGAAAAUAGGUGGAUGGAUUAAUUUUAUUUCCUAUUAUGGUUUUACCAUGCCAUUAGUCGCAAUACUAAAUCAUUUAUAUCCAAGGCUACAAUUAUAUGGCUUAUGGAUCAGUUUGGGCAUUGGGAUGUUGGUCAUUGGCUUAAGUCAAGUAACGAUAAUCUUAACCAGUAAUUGGGAAGAUAUCAUAUUGAGGGCACACUUAUUUAUGGAUGAUGAUGACGAUGAUGGUGAUUAUGGUUCAUGUUGA